UAAGUUGCCAUAGCAACAUAUUGAAUAUUGCCAAGCAAUAACAUGGCGACUGUUCAGAAGUUUGUAUCUAAGCGCUCAGAGAGCAGUGACGCAGGAGGAGUGCGUGGGCUGAUCACUAGACACACAGAGGCGCUCUUUGGAAGAGUCAAUCCAGAGCACAUAAUAGAGCAUGCUAGUCUCGGUAUCAGCCUGUUGUCUGGUGAGGGUAGUCUCGUGGGCCACAUGUCUCUCACUGACACACUCUCCACUCUCCCCACGGAUUGGACCUCAUGGUUGAACUCUGACCUCUAUCGCCCAUCACCUGUCAAUACUUUAUUCUUGUGCUUAUUUGUGGCCAAGGACAACUUUCAUCAGGGAGCAGUCACUGAGAUACUGAGGACUGUGUACAUGACGGCCCCUCUACUGCAGUACCUCCUACUAGUGACACCCACUCACACACAUAUUGGUCCUGCACUGUCUAGUCACUUCUCUCCUCUGUGUUGUCAAGAGGACCUAGCUGUGUACGCCACACACAGACACACACACUUCCCCACACUGUAUAUAAGACCAGCCUGUGUGGAGGACAGUGAUGACCUGCUACCAAUACUAGUAGAGCAUUCACACAACAUCACUAGCCUCUAUGGGGACUAUUUCCUCUCUGAGUUAAUAGCUUCUCAAGACACAGAUCACCAGACCCUCGUGGCUGAGGUGGACGGUCAUGCAGUAGGUGUAAUGAGUGUGACCACAUGUGUGGAUAUUGAUCUCCUCACUGCCUCCUAUGUAUUGGAGCCCUAUCAUCUCCUCAGGAAACCUCAUCCUCAAGACACAAUACUUUCCUCUCAAGCUCACACCAGCACCGCCCACAUAGACACAGCCCACACAAGCACAGCCCACACAAGCACAGCCCACAUAGACACAGCUCACACAAGCACAAGUACAGCCCACGCAGACACAGCUCACACAAGCACAAGCACAGCCCACGCAGACACAGCUCACACAAGCACAAGCACAGCCCACGCAGACACAGCUCACACAAGCACAAGUACUGCUGAUAGUUGCUUGUCACAAGAGAGUUGUGCGGAGAAUACACCUGAUAACUCAACACUGGAGGAGGUACAAGGGUCAAAGGUCGAUACUAAGGUGUACAGUCUACAGGGGGAGGCGUGUGCGGUGGCCAUUCAACUGUUUGCUAUUGAUGAGAGAUACGAGAUGAGGAGUGUGGACUUCCUCCCAGCAGUCUUCAAGUUGUUUCCAGAGCAUGAGUUCUUGCUACUAACCCAACCACACUCGAGUGGAGACCUACCACUACUCACACACUUCACAGAGGCAGUUCCCCCACGCCCUGGUACCUGCCUCCCUCAAGAGCUCUUCCUAGCACACAAGGCAUCGUUACUGGACUCAUUCAUUGUGCGUGAAGCUACUACAGUUGACCUCCCUGCACUCAAAGCUUUGACCUUUGACCUCUCCUCACGUGAUGACAUGUUGGGAGAUGUGGAAAUAUUCCUGAGAGCCAGACGUGACCUCGGAGAGGUGACCCCUCUGCUAGCUCUAGUGGCGGAGGUUGAUAGUCAACUAGUAGCACUGGCAGUGCUCAGGGAGAAGGAGGAUAUGGAGUAUAUUUGCUCACAUUAUAACAUUGAGGACUUUAUUUACUACAACUAUCACGAGCCUCGUCAGCAUUCUCACCUCCAUCAUCUCGUGCUCAACCCAGCCUUCAGUCCGCACGCUAAGCACUUCCUUAAAGAGAUCCUCCGACUAUCGAAUAGUUCCUGCCUCUAUUACCACCUCUCCUCUGACUCUCAGCCUAAACCACAGUCUCUCAUCUCUGCACUACACUGUCUAAUACCCAUCAAAGCUCGAAGGCAAGUGGUGUACCCUGAAGGCCUGGGUAUUAAUGCUCCCCUACCAGAGGUCACAGGGGUCAAACCACCCUUUGCUCUUUACCAUACCAACAGGAAGCUGACAUUUGAACCCAAAAUCUCUAUCAACUGUCGUGUGGUGAUCGUGGGUGCUUCUCAAACUGCCAUCUCUCUAUUAGAGACUCUGAUAUUCUGCCCUCAUCUCCACUUCUCUAACGUGGUACUAGUCUCUCCCACUGAUGUGCCCUCCCCACCCACCAUUGGCUUAGACACAUGGAUCAACACUGUGCUUGGUACUCUCACUGCCAUCAACAGGACUGACCACUGUGUGGAGGUGGUGUGUGGAGGGUGCAAGUUCCUAGUCCACUAUGAUUGGUUAGUAUUGACGUGUGGUGUGCAGUACACUGCCCCGCCUCUCAAGGGACUUCCCCCGCCCACUCAAGUCAUCACUGUCCCUACUCACACUAAAGCAGGAUCGUGUGUUGUGUUUGGGAGUGGAGUGGAUGCGUACACGAGUGUCCAGCACCUCCUCAGUGAGGGGGUUGCCCCUGAUAUGAUUACAAUGCUACGCCCACACACACUUGAAUGGACGGAGGGAGUAAUUGCUCAGCGAGUGAGUGAGUCCCUCUCAUUAACAGGCAUUCACGAGUUAUCAGACAUCAAUCUGACUGAGUGGAUAGUAGGAGAGGGUGGGCUGGAGGCUGUUGCCAUAGAAAAUGCUACUGGGCAUGCUCAGACUAUACCAUGCCAGACCCUAAUCUACCACGGAGACAAAACUGUCAACACAAAUGCAUUCAAAGCUCUCAAUGAUUCUUGUUUGGUGUUUGAUAAUCGACUGGUUAUUUCACGGGACCAUUUGACCAACGAUCCUCACAUACUAGCAGCAGGUCCGCUCACCAAGUACUCACGCAAAUACAGGGUUGGCAACUGCUCUCAUGCUGACUUCAAUUCUGACGAGGUUGGAUUGAAACUUGCUCUGACACUUUUGUCUAAACUGGACCCGACCUUUGACCCCACCAGUGAUGAUCCUACGGAUUCAUUAUUGAUCCCUCGCUAUACUCAGCCAGUAAUAGUGGGCGGGGCACUUCCUGGAGGUCUCCAUUUCCUGCACAUAUCAGCCCCUCCCACUCCCGGGACCACACCCCCUUCACACACUCGGCCUCUUCCUCGCAAAGGGAGAGAGUUAAUGACUGAUACUGCCAGUGGAUAUUUCCAGCUCCAUAUUUCAGAGUACGGGAGAGUGGAUGAGCUGUGCUUGCUCAGCAGUCAGCCCAUCAAUGAGAGGGACAACUAUACUUGCUUGUAUAACAUCCACGAGAAGUAUCUCAACAACCUCUUGGAGCGAUAUGAUCUAGGCCUUGUGUCAGACCUCUACAACUACUUCCGUGAGUCAUGGGUGUGUGCAGUGAUCCAUGACAGGUUCCCUGACUUGAUGCAGGAAGUGAGGGAAGACUUGACCCUAGUCCCUGCUGAGCCUAACAAUGGGAGCUCUAUUGAGACAGUAGUGCGGGAUAUGUUUGAUGGUGGUUCACCUUUGACCUCUGUUCAACUGACUACACAGUUCAACACCUCCUCUGCCAAAGCGCUCGUCUCUCAGAGAUUGAUUAGAUAUCUCAACUACAACCAACAGCAACUACCGAUGUUCACCAAACCAGACACUGUGUAAAACUGUCAUAAUUAAUUACUUUGUUACAUGAAUAUUAUUAUUGUAUACAUGCAUGCAGCUACACUAUUGUUCAACUUCUAUCUUUCUUCUUAUUGGAGUGAUACUUUUUAUCUGUUAACCUC